GUACUACUCCAUGUAUGGUCAUGUUGCUAAGCUAGCUGAUGAGAUCAAGAAAGGUGCUUCAUCUGUCGAAGGCGUGGAGGUUAAAGUGUGGCAGGUCCCUGAGAUCCUGAACGAGGAAGUCCUUGGCAAGAUGGGCGCCCCGCCCAAGACCGACGUGCCGGUGAUCUCCCCGCAGGAGCUGGCGGAGGCGGACGGCGUCCUGUUCGGGUUCCCGACGAGGUUCGGCAUGAUGGCGGCGCAGAUGAAGGCGUUCUUCGACGCGACGGGCGGGCUGUGGAGGGAGCAGAGCCUGGCGGGCAAGCCGGCGGGCGUGUUCUUCAGCACGGGCACGCAGGGCGGCGGGCAGGAGACGACGCCGCUGACGGCGGUGACCCAGCUGACCCACCACGGCAUGGUGUUCGUGCCGGUGGGGUACACGUUCGGCGCCAAGAUGUUCGACAUGGACAAGGUGCAGGGCGGCAGCCCGUACGGCGCUGGCACGUUCGCGGGGGACGGGUCGCGGUGGCCGUCGGAGAUGGAGCUGGAGCACGCCUUCCACCAGGGCAAGUACUUCGCCGGCAUCGCCAAGAAGCUCAAGGGCUCCUCCGCCUGAGUGCAUGAUCAUUGAUCACCUGAUCACUGGUGGUGUGUUGCUGCUGCUGCUGCUAUCUGUAUCUGUGGAGCUUAAGUUUGAUGUGUGAUGUGGGCAUUGUUAUGUUAAUUAUUAUGGCUUUGAUUGAACCGGUUGUAAAGUUUGUAAGUGGAUUUUGCGUUUCAUAGUAUUAUCAUAUCACUGCCAUUGAUACAA